AUGGAGUUACGAGGUCAAGGGGUUACAACACUGGUGUCAGAAGUGGGAUCUUCAGGAGGUUACAACACUGGUGUCAGAAACGAAAACGAGCAAAGAUCAAAUUCUAAGAGACGAACAACACGAAUUUGUUCACGUUUGACAUGCAAUUGUGCGGAAAUAAAGGCUGAUAUCGACCGUCGAGCAGAAAAGCAAUUUGCGGAAAUUAUGACUUAUACCGACCAGCAGUUCGCGGAAUGUAAGGCUUAUGAAGACCGUCUAGCAAAAAAUCUGAUGACGACCGUCGAGCAAAAAAAAAUUUGUGGAAUAAAGGCUGAAAUAAAUAAACAAAACGCUGAACUGACGACAAAAAUUGAUCAACGGAUAGCCGAAUCAAGAGAAAGGAGAGCCGAAUUACGAGCUGCCAAUGGAAUAAUACAAACCUUUGAAAGAACAUCAUCUAGCAAAGAGACAGUUGAAACAGCUAUACCAGAAACGGCUACACAAAAGUCGGCAAUUAUUCUACCAGCGUAUUCACCAACGGAUGAUGUCGACUGCGAUGCAUGUGACAACUACGAUGCACGUGAUAUCUGCAAAUCUGCAAUGCACGUGACAACUAUGAAGCACGUGUUGACGGACAGAAAGGCAGUCAUCACGUUGAUGAAGAGGAAGAUGACAAUAAUGAAACGAAUUACAUCAAUCCUGAUGACAUUGGGAAGUAAUCGGCAGAUAGAUUGA